UUACUCAGGUCAUUACAAACAUCUUCGAGUCAAAACCCAGGGGGAAUAUUUUGAAUUUCGGACACACGUCGGACACACAGGGGCUUUCUAUCCUGCCAGGCGAGAGGAACCUGUUUUAAAUCUUCUCUGUUCGGAUAUGUCUGGUCCACUGGAGAGGGUGGUAGCCCAGAAGAAAGAGGCCAUUGAAGCAAUAAUGGAGAUGUUUGAGAAGGGAUCUGAAGUUUUGGCUAGUGCUGUUGGAGAGCUGUGUCCUCUUUUUGAAGCUGCUGCCCCAGUUUUAAGGUUGGUUCUGGACAACGUGGAAAGCAAGGAGGUCAUAUAUGUGAAAGAUCAGUUUCUAGCUGUCAGGAGCAAACUGGAUGUUCUCUCAUCUCAACUGGAAGACAUUAACUGUGAGAUAAAGAAGGGACGCUUAGAUUCUCAAUACUUCUCCGUGGAGGAAAAUAUACUUAACCAGUUUAGAAAAUAUAUGGAAAUACUGGAGGCCAAACCAGAGUACAAAGAGGUCAGAAAACGUGUGUUCCUGCAGCACUUUCCCAAAACCGGAGGAGACAAAAAUCUCUUCACGCUUUAUGAUGCCCUGAUGGGAAACGGCACAUUUGGGGAGCCAGUACUGGAUGUUGUGGAGGAAUAUGAAGCUAGAAACAGAAGAGUGCUGGAAGACUUCUGUGUUAGGCUGAAGGAGCUUCUCUGCCUGGGAAUAAUCGCUUUACUGGGAUAUUACUUUCUUUCUCAGGGUGAAGAGGUGGAGCAGGAGAAGAUUCAAGAAUGGAGCAUAAAGAUCGAAGAAAUUGAGAUGAAGAUGAAGGAGACCAUCGAGAGAUGUGUGAAUUCAUUUCCAGAGCAAGCUGAACUGGACAUCAAGAGACUUGUGAAGGAGAGAGAAGAUGCAAACCUCCAGGAUUUGGCUAAAGAGCUUCUGGAUUUCCUGGUGAAGAAGUACGACUGGGUCAGCUGGUCCAUCAGAGUCAUUACUAAAGAGAGUAAAUUUAGCAACCUGAGAGCCGGACAAAACUUUCAGUGUGUGGCCGGACAGAAAUAUUUUGAAGUUUCUCAAGGAAGCGAAACCAACCUGGUGGUCUCCUACUGCAGCGACCCACAGCCUGUACCUGAUGAAAACAUUAAACAGAUGAUGGAAGGUCCUGCAAAGAAAGGAGAUCCCAAAACUGCAGUGGAGCUUCUGGAGAAGCAGUUAUCUGGGUUUUUGGUUCAUGCUAUCAGUCGUCACAAAGAGAGCUUUGCUGUGUCGAGUUUUCCUGAAGAAUGUCACUACUGGGAAAAGCAUAAGAAUGUAAAUCUGUGUGUGCAUUCCGAAUAAACUAAAUUAAUAAUAUUUAUAAUACCACAGGCUGUUGAAUGCUGUAUUCUGAUUGGCUGAGAAAUGUUCCACCGUGGUAUAAGAGGAAUAACUGAACCCGGUCCUUGGAAUUAGAAAAUAAAUGCACACUGCCGCAUUAUAAUUCAACAGCCCGUCUUCAAUUAUUCCUUACAUAUAUAUGUGGU